AUGGCGAUUGUUCGUGCUGAACCGACCGGGGUUCCCCCAACUGUGACAACCGGGGCCAAUCCUCCUGCGGUACCUAUCUUCUGCUGGCGGGAGUUUGCCUGUGGUUGGGGAGCGGCCUUUGUAAACAUUACCGUGACAUACCCGAUCUACAAGAUGAUCUUCCGGCAAAUGCUGCACGGGGUGCAGUUAACGCAAGCCUUCGGGCAGCUGCGUAGUGAAGGAAUGACCUAUCUUUAUCGGGGUAUUUUCCCACCUUUGGCCCAAAAAACGAUAUCCCUGUCGCUAAUGUUUGGUGUGUACGAUAGCACACGGCGGCCACUGGUGGAGUACUGUCAUGUAAAUCCGUACACAGCCAAAACAGUAGCUGGAAUGGUGGCGGGAACAUUCGAAGCAAUGCUAAUGCCAUUCGAACGAGUGCAAACACUGCUAGCGGAUGCGACCUAUCAUCAAAAAUAUCGAAACACUCAUCAUGCGUUCAAAAUAAUCAUCCUGGAAAAUGGCAUUAAAGAGUUAUACCGCGGUUUGGUACCGGUUCUUUGGCGCAACGGACCAUCUAAUGCUAUGUUUUUCGUGUUGAGAGAGGAAGCCGAUAGCCGUUUACCAAAGCGGGUUUCAAUACUUUCGCAGCGUACGCAGGAAUUUGUUGCAGGAGCCUGCAUUGGUGCAUUUAUCAGUUCGCUGUUUUAUCCACUGAACGUGGUGAAGGUGACCAUGCAGUGCCGUGUUGGAGGUCCUUACGAUAGCAUGUGGACAGCAUUAAUGCAGGUGUACAAUGAGCGAGAUCGACGGUUAAGAAAUGUGUACAAGGGUGUCAGUAUGAAUUGCACCCGCGCGUUUUUCAGCUGGGGUAUCAUGAAUACGGCUUACGAACAGCUGAAAAAAGUGUUCUAUUGA